UUUUUUUUACAACCGGUCCUCUGUUGGCUGCUCCCUGCCCCCGGACGUUAACCAGAGCUAUAUAAACCCCGCACUUGUCCGCCGACUUCGUUACUCUCGGCACAACCCACUGAAGACGGCCAAGAUGAAAGUCAAGGACAUGACAUUCAAGGAGGGUCAGGAGUUCAAGAUCCGCGUCAAACCCAAGGACGACUGCACCUGCUUCUCCAUCAACAUCGGCCACGACUCCGACAACCUGGCGCUGCACUUCAACCCCCGCUUCGACUACGGCGGGGACAGCAACACCCUCGUCUUCAACUCCUUGUCCGGGGGUUGCUGGGGCGACGAGCACCGCGACGGCAACUUCCCCUUCUCGCGCGGGGAGGAAUCCAAGUUCUACAUCAACUUCAACAGCGAGCAGUUCUACAUCAAGCUCCCCGACGGCUCCAUGACCAACUUCCCCAACCGCCUGGGAGACGUCAAGUACAAGUACUUCGACGUCAGCGGCGACGCGAGGAUCAUCGGCAUCAAGAUCAAGUAGAGGUCCGCCUCGUCCUGACCCCUUGACUCUUGACCCGUCCACCGUUUGGAGUCUCUCCUACAUCACUGAGCCCAGGCCUGAUCAUCCAUCUUUUUACUCUCCCGUUGAGGCUUAUGGGAAAUAUUACACCGGAAAUGUACCCGCACACAGUGGAGUGCUGAUGUUGUAGUAAGAGGAAAUGGCCCAGAGAGGGAGACACAGCACAUGUCCCUGAGCUGUGUCUCUUUGACGUCUCGUCACUCUCCGGGUUUAUUACUGUAAUAAAUGCUGUGAAGGAAAAAAAA